AUGAGUGCUGCCGCCUCCGCCAGCGGCGCAGGCAAUGCGACUGCUUCUGCAGCCCCACAAAUCUCGCCUGAGAUAAUCGCGUCCAUUUUGGAGGGGUAUGCUAAAGGGAUUCGUACACCGCUCGGCUUUGCGCUUAUUGGAACGAUAUUUGCGUCGAUUCUCGUGCCUAUUCUCAUCUCCCUCUUCUAUUUUUCCACGCCCACUACACGACGCCAGCCAGUGUUUAUUCUGAACGUCGUCAUGAUUCUACUCGGCAUUGCCAUAGCGAUCUGGAACGAUCAGCUCGAGGUAAGUCUCUCAGCUAUCUUGCACCCAACAGAAUCGAUCAGCUCGACAGACUUCUCUGCAUUCGGAAUCUUCUUCGGUAUUGCGCCAUGGCUUGCGGAGCUUGUGCUUGCUCUCCGACUCUUGAUCGUCUUUCCACCUUCGCAGACGCCCAAAGCGAAGCUGGCUGCGGUCUUCGCUUUCCCGGUCGCCGUCAAGAUCGUCCGUCUAUCCUGCUUGAUUGUGUACUACCAUCAUUGGAUUAGAGAGACAGACCAUGCAGCCUCUGGCUUGCAGGCCGCCGAGACUGUGGACUACAGACAUUCACCAUACAGCAAGGUGGAGUGGUUCCUACAAAUAUUCGACAACUCUUACCUGUCCGCUCUAUUCAUCUUGAGAUUGUACCGCAGCCAGAUCUUUAACGCCAUCUCCCGGCUUAGAUUCUUGUUCUGGAUAGCACUUGGCAACUUUGUCAUCCCUGUCAUCUUCAACAUUGUUCUCAUUGUCGAUCUUUACACUGAUCCUAACCACAUCGUCAACACUGUUUAUCUCCUUUUCACUAAUUAUUACGUCUCGAUCAUUGGCGUGGUAUUUGCUACAUGUGAGCUCUUUAUCGCCGAUUGCUAA